AUGAUAUCUCAACUUUUCCUUCUUUCUGCACGUGGCGAUACAAUCAUAACAAGAGACUUCCGAGGAGACCUUAUUAAAGGCACAAAUGAAAUCUUUUUCAGGAGAGCCAGGUUUUGGAAAGGAGAUCCUCCUCCAGUAUUCAAUAUUGAAGGAAUAAAUUUCUUGCACAUAAAGCGAAGUGGACUAUAUUUGGUAGCUACCUCUCUUCACAAUAUUUCCCCCUCGUUUGUAUUUGAGAUGCUUUAUAGGCUGGUUACAGUGAUAAAAGACUUCUGUGGAGUUCUGACAGAAGAAGCUAUCAGGAAAAAUUUUGUUCUUGUAUAUGAAAUCAUUGAUGAAAUGAUGGAUUAUGGGUACCCUCAAAGCACAUCUACUGAACAAGUAAGACCUUUUAUUGUAAAUGACGCUGUCGCUGUAGAACAGUCUACUCCAAGAUUUACCCCUGGAUUUCUAACUCCAAAUACAGUCUCCUAUACAGAGCGCCAAAGACCGAUUCCCACAAACAGCUCAAAGAAGCAGAAAAAUGAGAUUUUCGUAGACAUUUUAGAAAAAGUUUCAGUAUUAUUCAACUCAAAUGGAUACAUUCUAAACUCAGCUAUUGAUGGCUGCAUUCAAAUGAAAUCGUACUUAAAAAACAACCCACAGCUGAGACUGGCUUUAAAUGAUGAUUUAGUGAUAGGAAGAAAUAAUGGAAACUAUGGAAGCACUGUCCUAGAUGACUGCAACUUUCAUGAAUGUGUCAAUUCGAAUGAGUUUAAUGAGUUCAAAAUUUUAACUAUAAAUCCUCCUGAUGGAGAAUUUGUAGUCAUGAAUUAUAGGAUUAGAGGGGAUUAUCAGACACCUUUUAGGAUUUUCCCAUUUGUGGAAGUGCUGACUCCGUAUAAGCUGGAGCUGCUGGUGAAGGUUAAAUCAUGCUUUCCUGAAACCCAGUAUGGAUCUAAUGUAGCUGUAAGAGUGAACUUACCAAAAAGCUCAUCUUCUGUGGCAUUUGAAAUGCCAAAAGGGCUAAGUGCGCAGCAGUCUGAGUAUAGAGACCAAGAUAAAAUUGCUGAGUGGACAAUAAAGAAAUUUCCAGGUGGGGCGGAAUAUGCAGUUAAAAUAAAAGUAAGCUUAGCUUCACCUUCAGGUUCUAAAGAAAUCGGCCCAAUUUCAAUGAAUUUUGAAAUACCAAUGUUCAAUGUAUCGAAUUUGCAAGUUAAAUACCUGAGAAUUGCUGAUCAAGGAAAGGUAUCAUCUCCAUGCAGAUGGGUGAGAUAUGUGACACAGUCAAGUUCUUAUGUUUGCAGGGUUUAA